AUGGUGGAGAACGGUUAUGUCGAAUCGGAGACAAUACCAGAGAAUGAAGAGGAGAAUCACAAAGAUCUACGAAAGAGAGAGAAGAAGGCGUUGUUCACAAUAUAUCAAGGAGUUGAUGAAGUAACGUUCGAGCUUAUUGCCUCGGCGACGACGUCCAAAGAGGCGUGGGAAAUUUUAAAGAAAUCUUAUGAAGGAGUCGAUAAAGUGAAGAAGAUUCGGUUGCAAUCUCUACGAUCGCAAUUCGAAAGUAUACAACAAGGGAAUUCUGAGUCGAUCUCGGAUUACAUUUCACGGGUAAUCACCAUUGUUCAUCAAAUGUCGACAAAUGGCGAGACGUUGAAGGAUGUUCGGGUCGUGGAGAAAAUUUUGAGGUCCCUUGACUCAAAAUUUGAUUCCGUGGCCGUUGUGAUUGAAGAAUCGAAGGAUCUAUAUACGAUGACGGUGGAAGAACUUCUUGGUUCUUUGAAAGCGUUUGAAGACAGACUGAAUCGGAGAAAAGGAGAAGAAAAAUCCAUUGAGCAUGCGCUAGAAGCGAAGCUAUCUUUGAAGAUCGAAAAUUCAAGAGGAGGUUAUCAACACCGAAGAGGAAGAGGUGGAAAUUACGGACGAGGUGGUCCUAGAUCAAAUUAUCGGGUGCCAACCAACAACCAUAACGAUUAUGGAGAAAAUCAAGCUGAGUAUGGUCGUGGUGGAAAAGGUGGCCAAGGUCAAAGCUGGAACCGAGGUCGUGGUCGUGGAUUUGAAAGAAGCAAUGGAGGGAGAUACGAUAAGUCCAUGAUACAGUGUGACAUUUGUCAGAAAUAUGGCCAUCACUCUAAUGAUUGUUGGCAUAAUCCGAGAAACAAUGGAGGAAGGUAUGACAAAUCCGGAACUCAAUGCCAUAUUUGUAAGAAGUUCGGUCAUUACUCUUAUGAAUGUUGGCAUAAUCCCGAUAACAAUGGUGGAAAGAAAGCUAAUAUGGUGGAAAAAGAAGAUGAUAGGGCAGAACAAGUGCUGAUGUUAUCCCAAAAUGAGGUCGGGCCAAGCAAUGAGUCGAAACCGUCUGUUACAUGGUUUAUCGACACGGGAGCAUCGAAUCAUAUGUGCGGAAGAAAGGAAGCUUGA